AUGUGGGAUGAGGAUGUGGUCAAGAGCUCAUCCGUCUGGACAAGCAUCAAAAAACGGUGGGACCCGGACGUGGACCUCUUUCUCGACGUGAUGCCCAAGAACUGGUCGACAUCAAAGGAAACGCCAAGCUUAGACCAACUUAGCGACGCAGACUUCCUAGAAAGCCCCGCAUCAAGGGCUACGUCAAUGAGGUCCCCGUGGUCCCCGUGGUCCCUCGGGAACGUCAAUCGGAACCCAAAGAAGGUCAAGGGAGACAAGGAGGCUUUCGACGAGAUAAAUGUCAUCUUUGACAGCAUAAAGCAGGAUCGAGUAGAGGCGGCGAGGGAUCGAGCAGAGGCAGCGACAUUGAGGUUGGAUGCCGUGAGACACGCAGAUCGCCUGCAAGACUAUGCCGACCGCUUAACGGCCAUUGACCCAGCCGACAUCCAGGCAAUGAUAGACGUCAAUAUCGCCGCCAUUGAACGGGUGGAUGCGGCCGUGGUCAGGGUCCGAGAGCAGUGA